AUGCCGCUCCCUGCCGCUCUCCAGACCCGCCUCGCCAAGCGAGGGCUCCUCAAGCUGGUGGAACCUGAGCCAGAGGAAGAAAUUAUUGCCGAGAACUAUGACGAUGAUCCCGUGGACUACGAGGCCACUCGCCUGGAAGGCCUUCCUCCCAACUGGUACAAAGUCUUCGACCCAGUGUGCGGCCUUCCCUACUACUGGAACGUGGAGACAGACCUCGUGUCCUGGCUCAAUCCCCACGACCCCAGCUCGGUCAUUACCAAGGCGGCUAAGAAACUCAAGGGCAACUUGGAGCCGGAAGACAAGAUGGACUGCGGCCACGAGAAGCCGGACCGAGGCUACGAGAGGCCAGAGCGUGGCUACGAGAAGCUAGACCGCGGCUACGACAAGCCGUCUGACCGAGGAGGAGGCUAUGACAAGGCGGACCACAGGUAUGAGAAGGCUGAGCGUGGCUAUGAGAAGCUGGAGAGAGAGGAAGCCAAAGAGAGACGCUACCAUCGCCGGGAGGAGCUGGCUCCCUACCCCAAGAGCAAGAAGGCCAGCCGCAAGGACGAAGAAUUGGAUCCCAUGGACCCCAGCACCUAUUCGGAUGCCCCCCGGGGCACCUGGUCAACAGGACUCCCCAAGAAGAACGAAGCAAAGACAGGCGCAGACACCACAGCAGCUGGACCCCUGUUCCAGCAGAGACCAUACCCUUCCCCAGGAGCCGUUCUUCGGGCCAACGCGGAGGCUUCCAGGGCCAAGCAGCAGGAUUGA